GGAAGGUCAUGAUCACCCGGGAUGUUGUCUUCUACGAGGAGGUGAACUACCUGCAGUGGAAGGGAGUAGAGAAAGAGAUUGCAGCAGCAGGGACAGCAAUUGCACCGGACAAGGUGGACGAUCUUUUGGAAGAAAAGGAGAGUGAGGGAGUUGGUGAUGAAGGAGAUGAGGAACUCGAAGAUGUGGAACGGGCAGAUUCAGUUGAUUGGGUGUGGGAGAAGGCACCAACCAGGGAAGCGGAUGAAAGCAAGGUAGUGGAGAUAGCAGGGGAGCAGCCAAGCAAAGAAGUAGCUGAGGAUGGCAUUGAUGAAGUGGCUGAAGAAGAGGGAGAUGAAGAAUCAGCAGCUGAAGGAGAUAGUGAUCCUUGGAAGCUUCUAAACAGUGAUGACAACAAUGCCAAGAUGAGGGAGAUAGAGGAAUUACUUGAGGAGGGCGCCAUCGUGAUUGGAAGGGAAGUGAAGAAUGGGGAAGGGAAAGCACUGGCGGAUUCCAGUGAGGAUGAGGUCGAGUCACCUGCAGAGGAGUUGGGGAAAGGAAAGAGGCUACUGACCUAG